AAUACAAGCUUUCUAAAUUAUAAGUGGUCUUGCAAACUGGUUAGCUUCCUCUUGUAGACAAGUUUGUAUCAUCCAAAAGCCACACAUUUCUUUCAAUUUCACAUUAUUAUCAAGCAGGCAGAAUAUCAGGAAAUCCUGCUGUACAAUUUCAAGAUGUUACUGAUUUCACCUAUUUCAAAGGCUGUCAUAUUUCUUGAAGGUGACUUCCAGGAAUAGCACAUAUCUCCUUCUCUGUGAUCAGGACCCGAACCAUGCUCAUUCUCAGCUGUACUGCUAACCGGAUGAGACACCAUGUGCAGCAGGAGGAAAAAAAAUCUGGGCUGAAGAGGCCUGAAGGAUGACAUGGGAGAAAUCUGAGGAGUGGCCAUCCAGGAUACAGGCUAUGACCAAAUGUGGAACUGAUUAGCAUAGUGGUCUGUGGUCUUCCUGGACCUGUGAUGCUGGUGGUGGCAAAAAGGAUAUUCGGAGGAGUGGGAAAAAGUGACUACAGCCUUUUGUGCAUGCCUUUCUCCAGAGAAGAGAGAAGUCCUGAAGGCACAGCUUCUCACUGACCAGGAGAAUCUCACAGAUGAAUGUUUGCAGACUACGUUUAACAGUACCACCUGAUGAAGUCUCACAGCCUGAGCAGGGAGCAAAAGAACCUGAAAGAAAGAAACAUGAGCUCUACCAUGUACCAAAUGGCAUGUCUCCGGGGAAGCUCUCUCAUGGAAUGGUGUAUGGCGUUGUGCACCGGACUGACAACAACCAUAAGAGAGAAAUGGUGGUUUAUGGCUGGUCAGCUGAUCAGCUGAAAGAGGAGAUGAAUUACAUUAAAGAAGUGAGAGCAACUCUGGAAAAAGUAAGAAAGAAAAUGUAUGGGGAGUAUGAUGAAAUGAAACGAAAAAUACAGCAGCUUACGAAUGAACUGAAAGUGACAAAUGCUCAUCAGGAAUCCUUAGAGAAUCAUGUGCGAGUGCAGGCUGCAGCCUUAGAUAGCUUUAGUGAAAUGAACAGCUCCUUGACAUCAGCAUCAAUAGACUUGCAGAAAACUCUGGUGGAUGUUACUUUGGAGAACUCUGAUAUAAGGGAACAAAUAAGGAAUUUAAAACACACACAUGAGCAAUCUAUGGAAAAGCUGAGAGAGAAGCAAAAACAACUGGAAACAGCACAAAUUGAAAAUCAAUUACUGAAAUUAAAGGUGGAAUCAUCACAAGAAGCCAAUGCUGAAGUCAUGAGAGAGAUGACGAGAAAACUGUACAGUCAAUAUGAGGAAAAACUGAGAGAAGAGGAGCAGAAACAUAAAGCUGAGAAGGAAAUUCUCCUAGAGGAAACCAACCGGCUUCUGAAGGCUAUUGAGGAGUCAAAUAAGAAGAUGCAGAUUACAGAAACAAGUAUACAGGAGAAAGACCAGAGAAUUGGUGAGCUGGAUCGGUUGAUUGAACGCAUGGAAGAGGAACGUCACCAGCUGCAAAAACAACUGGAACUAAAUGAAAUACAACUAUCUGGAGCAAAAUCUGAAAGCAACUCCGACAGUGAGAGGUCACAGCAUUUGGAGGAGGUAGCAGCUAGCCUAAGGGAGAGAAUAAAGCAUCUGGAUGAUAUGGUCCACUGCCAACAGAAGAAAGUUAAGCACAUGGUUGAGGAGAUUGAAAUGCUAAGAAAGAAAGUCAAAGAAAAGGAAUUAUUUAUAAUACAGCUUUUAGAAAAGAUUUCUUUCUUAGAAUGUGAGAAUAAAGAAUUACAAGAUAAAUUGGACUAUUUAAUGGAAAAUCAACCAAAGACCCAUGUAGAAACCAGAGAUGCUGGUGUAGGAUGUGAUCUUCCAUAUAGUACAAAUAAUGAUAACGGAAGAUCUCCUGAAAGCACAAGGCCAGUGAGGACAUACACCCCAUUCAAGAGAGUGUUGGAAUAUAGCACAAAGAACAGUACUUCUUGAGCAUCCAAGUCAAUGUUCUUUCUAAAUACAAACAAGUAUUUUGCGCCUUUGCAGCUUGAUUAGAUAAAUUUUUAUCAAGUCAUAGAGAAGAACAGCAGCAUGGAGUCUUGCUAAAUUUAUCCUGAAAGCAGCUUUUUAGUAGCUUCCUAUCUGAAGUUACUACUGAUAUUAACUGUGAGGGAGAUAGGCAAGAAGUGGGAUGAACGAAACAGCAGUCUAUAUUGCUUCUUUAGAAGCUGUCUAGUGCAAUGUGUCAUUUCAAAUACCUACAAGGAAGGGGUUGUAUAGCUGUACAGAUUUUCUUCAAAUGUGUUCUAAUUUCAUUUGUACGAUGAAUCUCUAUUUUGUUUUCAAUACUACCAGAAACAGAAUCUAAAACUACCUUGGCAGGGGGCAUUAAUCUCAAAGCUCCUCCUUUGUGUACAGAGUGUGAGAGCUGUUCAUGCUUACCAUAGAGACCUGCAGUGACUUAGGGCUCCAUUCACACAGAACAAGUUGACUAGGAACAAGCAUUCUCUUGCUGGGAGGGAGAAAUGCAACUGGGAUGUUCUCAGGAAAUUCCCUCUACUCAUGCAGAUGAAUGUUGUGUUUGUCACUCAAAAUAUUAAGCGAUAUAGCAGCUUUAUGAUGGAUUUUGCUUUAUUGGUUGAAUAUGUGGUUUGUACUUCCUAGUCACAGAGCACAGUGACCAUUGGUGAUACACUCACUAGUGACGGGGUAGGAAAAUCCCCGUUGCUUUUUUAAAAUUGCUUUUGCAUUACAGGAAGGAAUUCUCACUGGACAGCAUUUCGCCUUCAGUAACCUUCUGCAGUUCCUGCCAUUCCCACAUCAAUAACUAUCCUGAAUGAUUAUUUUGAUUUUGAGUAUGCUUUCAUUCCCUACAAACACUUAAAAUCUUAUCCCCAACUUCAGAGUACCAGCAGAAUGACUGCAUCUAACAACUGAAUUUAUUUAUAUAGUCUUAGUUUUUACAUAUUAUUUUCAUCUCCCAGUUUUAUUGAAAUAAGUUUAGUUUAGUAUUUUCUUGUAGUCCUGUUGCCAUCAAUGUGGCAAGUUUUUUUCUAUUACAGCAACUGCUGUAGAAAACAAACAAGUUGUUUUGUAUAAUUCCUGUAUUGAAUAUGAACCCCAGGAGGUGUUCAUCUUGCCGCAGGGCUGCAUAAAAUGAUUGCUUUUAUCUCCAGUCUAAUGCAAGUUUUUAAAUUCAGUACUCUCUGUUCAAUUAAUAUACUCAAAAUUGUAUUUAAAAUAAUAAUAUUUAACUCAUAAUCCCAAUCUUAUUUCUGCAUUCUUUCAUGGUUUUCUUAACUUGCUAGAAAUCUUAGUUUAUUCUUUAACUGUGCUGUUUAGCUACUAAGUAAAGAAGUCUGUACUGGAGCAUGGAGUGGAGGAUGUCUUGAUGCAGUACAAGUACCUCACAGAAACAUGAAUUACUUGGUGUAAUUAAAGCAAAAGCAAAAUAAAAUGGGAAACUCUAACUUCUCCAUUUUUUAUGCUUGGAUCAUCAUCCAUCUGCAUGUAAGCUAUUUUUUUUUCUUUAUGACCUGAUCAACUCCUGAGAACUUAGAAUGGUCAUUCUUCCUAAAAAGUCAAAUGCAGUAUUGUGGAUUAUUUUAUGUGUAGAAUUCAAGAAAUGCUGCAGUCAAAGCCACCGACAAAAACGUAAUCUAUCUACUGUUGAGGUAAGCCUGUAAUCUUUAUUGGACUAAAAGUCACGAACAUUAACAGUUGCUCAGUGUUACUUUAAAAAAGAAAAAUUCAAAGUUUUACCAAGUUAACUUAAUAGCUCUAAAUGGGAACUCAUGUUUAGUAUGCAUGUGAUGGAGUGAAUAAUUACUCCUAGAUAUCAAAAGGGGAAAAAAUAUAGCUAUUGCCUUAGUGAAUAGAAAUUAUAACACACAUUUACUUGAGUUGCUUCUCCCAGAGCAGAAGAAAAGGGCUUGAAAGGGAGGUCCCUGAGAAUUAAGAAUUCUACUCCCUUUAAAAGGUCCUCAGGCAAAGCACCUCAUUGUACAAGGCAGAGGAAUACCAAAUGCUGGAAUAUCAAAGAUGAGAAACCAGCUGACAGGUGCAGAAGCUGUAGCCUCAACCCCACAUAGAGUGUUCUUGAUUGAAGUUUUCAUGAUUGAGUGUGUUUGGGAGAUUGAGUUCCCAAAUAACAGUUAAUUUGAUCAAUACCUAAUUAAUUAGGUUGUGUACAAUGAAGAUCUUGAAGUGGAACUUUAAAUACAAAAACAUUUUAAAUGGAAGUGUUUAUUGAUGAGCACAAAAGAUGAUGGGUAAUGGCUCAACCAGUAUUUCAGGCACAAUGUUUGUAUGUGUGUAAUCAUAUCUCCCUCUAGUGGCUCAUAGCAGCAAAAAUUAUUAGCUGUUAAUUGGACAAUGUGGUUUGAAGAGAAAAAUACUGAAGACUAUGCCCAAAUGGCCAUGCUAAAUCCGUUAUGGAUGCAGCCUCAGUUCAUUAUCAGCCUGUUACCAUUUUAUGUGCCCAAACAAUCUGGUUUCAGGAUUGUAUUUAUGAAGUGUGAUUAGUGAGUUAUGUUCAAAAACAGAUUAACUGAUGAAGUUUUUAUUUAUAGAUAAGAGGAAAUGCAAGUUGUUGUGAUAGAAAGACAUCAAUCGUAAAGUGCAAUUAAGUAAAAAUACUUCAUUGAUCUGUCUGGCUUGAGCCAGAGUUCAGAAAACAGAGUCUCAUAGCUAAAUGCUCUGGCUUUAGUAGAGGAGAGCAGGGUGAAAUAUCAGAAGGUUUUGAUUCAGACUUCAAAAGGAACUUCAUUCUGCUUCUAACAUAUUUCUAAGAAUAUCUCUGAAAAUACUUCAGCUUUGAGACUUGCAAAAUGGUGAUCAUCUGCUCAAACCUGCACCCAGACUGCAGAAAUAUUUCCCGCACAAAUUUUCCAUGUAAACUCUAUUUAUGCUGUAUUGUAUUUUGGUAUUCAGUGCGUUGGAUGACCAUUGUUUGAUUGAACUAUUGGUCUAAAUUUGGUAGCUGUGAAGAGCAAGAGAGGAACAGUAUUUGUAUAACUGUGUUACAUGAAAAUAUAGAGCUUUCCAGUCAAAUCAAUAGCAAUGUAAAUUAGCAGAGAUAAUAAAUCUGGCUGAAAAGACUUUAACACUUCAGUACAAGUUUUGUCAAAUUGAGAUUGGAAUGCUUAGUACUAUAACAUUAGAAACUAGUAAAAUUUCUGUAAACAUCAAUAAAAGCCAUAUAGGUAGGUUCCAGAAAGUACAUCAAAUAUAAGUCAAUUAUAUGACUUUAUUUGUACCACGGUAAGUGUUAUUCUGUGAUUUAUUCCAGAUCUUCUGGAAAGUAUUUUGGGAUACAGUUUUCAUAUAUGCUGUGUAAAUAGUGCAAUUACACUGUAUGCUUUUAAAACAUCCUGUAUGUAAGACUUGAAAAGGAUGAACUGUAAUAAAUACUGUAUUUAAAAUUUCUAUUCUGUUGUGUAAAUAUUCGGAAAUAAACUUACCUUAAAACCUUGCAA